CUGAAACUCAUUGGAACCCUGCUGGUCAUGGGCGUGUUUGAUGAUGACGAUGUUUGGCAGAUCCUCAUCCUGAUUGAUCCCUCUGUGUUUGGGGAGCAUAGCGCAGAGACAGAGGAGGGAACAGAAAAGGAGGAAGUGACCCAAGUGGAGGAGAAGGCUGUGGAGGCUGGGGAGAAGGCCGGCAAGGAGGCUCCUGUCAAAGGCUUGUUGCAGACUCGAUUACCCGAGUCCGUCAAGCUGCAGAUGUGUGAGCUCCUCAGCUAUCUCUGCGACUGUGAGCUGCAGCACCGAGUGGAGGCCAUUGUGGCAUUUGGUGACAUUUAUGUCUCCAAGCUGCAGGCAAAUCAGAAGUUCCGCUACAAUGAGCUCAUGCAGGCCCUGAACAUGUCUGCGGCCCUGACUGCCCGGAACACCAAGGAGUUCCGCUCACCCCCACAGGAGCAGAUCAACAUGCUUCUUAACUUUCAACUGGGAGAGAACUGCCCCUGCCCAGAGGAGAUUCGGGAGGAGCUGUAUGAUUUCCAUGAGGACCUUCUCCUUCACUGUGGGGUUCCUUUGGAAGAAGAGGAAGAGGAGGAGGAGGACACCUCCUGGACGGGAAAACUCCGUGCCUUGGUUUACAAAAUCAAAGGCCCACCCAAGCCAGAGAAGGAACAGCCAACGGAGGAGGAGGAGAGAUGCCCCAGUAAGUGA